AGAGAGAGAGAGAGAGAGAGAGAGAGAGAGAGAGAGAGAGUCCUGCCUCCUCGCGCCUCUUGGCUGCAGCUCGGCCAGUUUUGCGCACUCGGAGUUUUGCGCAUCUGCUCGUCUUCACCCGCAGCAGCAGCAGCUCUUCCUGCUCAGAUGUGACUCGGUCCGACUCGGGGCAGAACUUGUGAUUCCUCUCCUCCUCCAGCUUCCCGCCUCUCCUCUCCUCUCCUCUCCUCUCCUCCGCCGCGCCGCGCCGCCGGAUGGAUUGGUUGCUCUGGGUUUGAUCGGGACUCGGUUCGGGACUCGGUUCGGGCUCUCCGCGGCUCCUCUGGAUGUGAACAGCUUCGCGGAGCCCAGUCUGAGUGCGGCUGCUUUCCGGGGAUCUGCUCGCUGUGAUCCUCCUCAGCGCUGCGCCUUUUCCGCUUCUCCUGCGUUUGCGCCAUGACUUCCAGCUAUGCGCACGUAAUGGACCGGCAGGCCGCCAUUUCGAACCGUCUGGAGAGUCCCAUCACGGCGAACCUGGACAACCUGCAGGCCAAGAAGAACUUCUCGGUGAGCCACCUGCUGGACCUGGAGGAGGCCGGGGAGAUGGUGGGAACCCAGGCCGACGAGGGCGUCGGGGAGGCCGGGCGCAGCAUGCUGGAGUCCCCGGGGCUGACCAGCGGCAGCGACACCACCCAGCAGGAGAACGAGCAGAUGAACACGGAGGAGAAGAAGAAGCGGAAGCAGCGCCGGAACCGGACCACCUUCAACAGCAGCCAGCUGCAGGCGCUGGAGCGGGUCUUCGAGCGGACGCACUACCCGGACGCCUUCGUCAGGGAGGACCUGGCCCGCCGGGUCAACCUCACCGAGGCCCGCGUCCAGGUCUGGUUCCAGAACAGGAGAGCCAAGUUUCGCAGGAAUGAGCGAGCCAUGCUGGCCAGCAAAAACGCCUCUCUGCUCAAGUCUUACUCAGGAGAAGUCACGGCGGUGGAGCAGCCCAUCGUGCCACGCCCCGCGCCGCGCCCCAACGACUACCUGUCCUGGGGCAGCGCUGCCCCCUACAGCGCCAUGGCGACCUACCCGCCCACCUGCUCCAACACCAACACGUCCCAGGGCAUGAACAUGGCCAACAGCAUCGCCAACCUGCGGCUCAAAGCCAAGGAGUACAGCUUGAACCAGGUUCCCACGGUCAACUGAGCCGCCGCCGCCGGACAGGACAGGAAACGGCGACGCCCCGGGGCCAGGGCGGGGCUUCUAACCUGAGGUGACUUUACUUCCUCCUGAGGUUCUCUGAACUCUGAAGGACUUCCUGAGCGGAUUUAGCGUCGAGCGUCUGGCUUCGACUGAGACUCGGACCCGGACCGUUUGGAAUCCCCCGUUUUCCUUUUUCUUCUUUUUUAAACGUUGCGGAUAAAAACCAAAAGUGGGAGCAGCCAACCAAACACUUUGUCAUUUACUCAAUAUUUUUUUAAAAACAUGUUUUUUCUCCAUGUUAUACCACUGAAAAGCCGCUUCAGUGCAUUCUGACCUACAUGUUAUAUAGUCCAGUAUAAAGUUAAUGUAUUUCUGAAGCCAAACCAGUAGAUAAUUUCCUAUGAUAUACUUUAUUUGUAACAGAACCUUGUAUAUGAAUAAAAACAGCAUUUCAAGCAACCCAA